AUGGAGGGAACAUCAGCCGAUGCUACUGUGCCCCUAAAACAUAAUGGUGGCUUUAUUGUGCCCUCUACUGAGGAGGACGUGGAUCGUGUUACAAAGGAAACACCACUACAGCGUACAUUCAACAACUACUGGGGCUGGGAAAUUCUAGCAUAUGUCACCAGUUUAGUUGCUCUGAUAAUUCUCAUUGUUGUGCUCCAAAAGUAUAACGGAAAGGGUAUUCCCGAUUGGCCGUUCGGCAUCACCAUCAAUUCUAUACUCUCCUGGAUCACUCAGAUCUUGACUGCGUGCAUGCUCGCAGUGGUUGGUGCUUGCGUCAGUCAAUCAAAAUUGUUAUAUUUCAAUGAGAGUGAUCGGCCAUUGGCUGACGUGAAUAUCUAUGACUCCGCCAGCAGAGGACCGCUAGGAUCCUUCGUAUUUCUCGCCGAGCGAAGACUCGGACUUAGAAACUUGGCUGCAAUAGGUGCAGUGGUUACUAUUCUAUCUAUUGGCGUAGGGCCUUUGGUCCAGCAGAUGGCUUCAGUCGAUAAUGUUCGUGUUAAGUCGGAUAUACCGGCCUCUGUUCCCCGCACCAAGGCCUUCACAGAUGAAGAUAAUUCACAGGAUUUGCCUACAUCUGGUCUGUUAUCUUCUAUCUAUACAUCUUUAUAUGGCGCAUCAAACUUCAGCACAAACUUGAACUCUGUCAUGCCCGAUUGUCCUACCGGGAAUUGCGACUUCUCCCCCUUUCGAUCCUUAGCCGUCUGCUCCCACUGCAUUAAUAUUACCGAUUUGCUAUCCUUUUCCGUCUCAAACAGCACAUGUCGCCUGCGCUACCCUCGGGUCAAUCAUACUCUACCAAAUGGAGUACACGCGCAGGUUGGAGGCGGCUACAGUGAUCACGCUCUAGGCCCUAUCACUGCGGGUGAAGCCUACAAUAACGAAGCACUUUCAGCACCGGAAGCACUCGGCUCAAGCUCCUUUGUCAACUUCACAGCCAUUUCCAUUGCCAAUAAUUCAGUGCUAAAUCACGCUUCUGCCAUUCAGUGUUCCUUGCUUUGGUGUGUCAAUACCUAUGAGAUUCACAUGGAGAACAAUAAGGCACACGAGACCUUGGUUGAAUCAUAUCAUGAUCCAAAAGCUUGGUUUAACAAUUCAAUGCUCGAAUUACGUCCUCCCACUAAAGGGAACCUUACGGCUUCUCUUUUUGCCGUCAGUCAAACGACAUCAAAUUAUAUUUCAUACUGGUUCUCAGAUAAACUUUUGAUGAAUAACAGUUACAGUGCUAGUGACACAUCUUUUUGUUCAGGCGAAAAGGGAUCAACGGACCAAUUUACUACCGAAUUCUCUCAGCCGAUGCAGGAGAGUGGUAUCACUGCUGUUUUUAGCCAGAUUGCGGCAGGGAUGACUAGUUAUAUACGAAAGAAAAACCUGGCAGCAUUGAAAUUCGACAGGGACCUUAACAUACUCAAGUCUUAUUCAGGCGAGCAUGUGCAUGGUAUAUCUUGGAUGAUACAAACUCAAAUCAGGGUUCGAUGGGAGUGGAUUAUCUUUCCAGUCGUGUUGCUUACGUUGACGUCGAUUUUCUUUGUGACAACGGUGUUAAAAAGUAAAACCCAGAAGCUAGGUGUCUGGAAGUCGUCAAGCAUUCCCCUACUUUGUUCAGGGCUGGAUCAAAAUGUUCAGAGAAAUUUGUUGGAAAGCGGCAGCCCGGAUCUGGCUGACAAGCUUGCGAACAAUGUGCAAGUGAGACUAUUGGACUGGGAUGCGACUGAAUACCCGGAAUAA